GCAAACUCCAUGGUUGAAAAACGCCUAAAUUUUUCCUCGCUCAUUAAAGCCACGGCCGCUUGCCUUAAGCGAUUCGAGCAUGGCGGUCCUACCGCUGGAGCUGUUGCCACUUCAAAAGGCUUUGGUGAGAAGGAGCGAGCUGUAGAGAAUCAGUGGGCUAAGAUGCACGACGCUGAAAAGAUUAAAGCUUUGAAGGAUUUACUGCACAAGCAAAGCGAGACGACAAAGAAGCUUCAAGAGGAAAUCGAAAACAUCCGCCGUGAGGUGUCUUCCAAAUAGGAUCAACAUAACUCCUACGAAUAAAGAAAAUGUUGGGAAAAAAAUUAUACAUAUGCUUUGUAGGUGACUUCACCCUAGUCAUCAAAACCAAUUGAAAGCAAAAAAUAAACAGAAGUCAAUCUAAUGUAUUGAGAUGGUUGUGGGUCGUAUACAUUAAGCAUUUGCUACACCCAAACUUUUUUUUUUCCCUUUCUUUUUUCUUUCUUGCGUUUUGAUAAGGAAAUUGCACAAAAUUACAUUGAAACUGGAAGAAAAUGAAAUG